UUAGCUGAUCCCGUUCGACACGUUUUGUGGUUGUUGCAGAUAUGAACAUAAUUAAGAGGUACCUGUCCGCCGAUUCCGAACAAGACGAAGAUGGUGGAUCUGAUAUCGUAUGUUUGACUGGUAGUGUCUCAUCCAUUCUCUAGGUCGAGAAACUCGUUGACCGAUUUCAAUCUGCCACACGAACUGAAGACAAGCGGGAUGCCUUACGCACCCUCAAAUCACUAUCGAAGGUAAGCUCAGUCUGGUAAUUUGCUUGCAUGCCUGUAGAAAUAUCGCCUGGAGGUAGGCACAAAAGCAAUGCCAGUAUUUCUUGAUGCUCUCCGCGGCGAUCGGUAUUGAACAUAUAUGUAUACUCAUUUUGCUUUCAGUGAAGAUGCAGACUCAGUUUUUUAUAGCCUGGAGGCACUCUAUUCUGUCAUGAACGACGGCGACGCUGAAGAUUGUCAGACCCCUUUCCGUCCUAAUAGUUUUCCAUUUCAGGUGGUGCGCAUGAACUGGUGAAUGUGCCAGCGGAUUUAGGAAGUCAGUUCACGGAAAUAUUCAUAAAACAACCGGAAAACGUUUCAUUGAUCUUUGGAUUUGUGGAUGCCUACGAAUUACACGUCCGCCGCAACACCCUCCGCCUCCUCACUCUUCUACUGACCAACCAACUCAAGGGUACACAAGAGGUUAUCCUCCAAUGUCCGAGAGCAAUAUCAAGACUAGUGGACCUGCUAUCCGACCCGCGAGAGGCACUCAGAAACGAUACUCUCUUACUGCUGAUCGAACUAACAAAAUCCCAUAUGAAUAUCCAGAAAAUUGUUGCAUUUGAAAACACCUUUGAGCGUCUGUUUGCCAUUAUUCAAUCGGAAGGGUUGCUCGACGGCGGAGUUGUCGUCGAAGACUGUCUUCGUCUAAUGUGGCAGCUUCUGGAGGGCAAUGUUCCCAAUCAAAUAUUAUUCAGAGAAAACAAUUUUAUUCAACGCUUGCUUCCGCUCUUCGAACCAAAAAUGAUGGGUGACGCUACGGACUACCAGUCGCACUGGUCCGUACAGAAGGUUGUCAAUCUCCAGCUGGCCUUGCACGUUGUACGUGCGCUGUUGUCUGCUCGCAAGCAAAACCAGGAGACCCGUCUCUGCCAAACUAGCAUGUACAAGUGUGGUUUGUUAUCUGCGUUAUGCGCCAUCGUCAUGGCUGUCGGGGUUCCUGCGGAUGUUCUAAACAAAGCAAUCUAUGUGCUGGCCGAUGUUAUUCGAGGAUGUCCAGUCAACCAAGAAUACCUGGCCCAAGUGAUCGCCCCUUCGGAACCGCCUCAGCCAGUAAUCACUAUUCUGGUGAUUUCCAUGGUAACAGAACGUCAGGAACUUGCCGUCAGAGCCGCUGCCCUCUAUUGUUUUCAGUGUUACGUUACUUCAAAUCGAGAAACGCAGUCUGCAGUCAUCCAAACCCUACUACCCAAGUCAGCAGGGAGUUCGGAACCAAUCUCCAUGGGCCAACUUUUGUUUGGUGGACUUUUUUCCGACGAGGUUCUGUCUGUAUGGUUCUCAGCAAUCGCGCUAUCACACUGCAUUCUGGACAACCCCCAACUGAAGGAGGAACUGCUUCGUUUCCAGAUGGCCCUUGCUCCUGACGGUAGCUCCAUCCGCCUAUUACAACAUUGCCUAUUGUGUUUUGAAAAGUGUGGUGUAAUCCCACUCACUCAGACUAAUCCUAACUUCUCUUUUCUUCCCUACAUACCGUUCCAGAGUAAUCGAUUUCAGGCCCGAAUAGGCAUGCUGCAGUUCUUGUGUUCCUGGUUAGCCUACUGUCCAGAAGCUAUCCACUGUUUUCUCUCCGGUCCUUCUGAGAAUGACUCAAACUCCUCUGUGACUGCAAUAAACGCAGCUUCCGCGGAUCCGAAGUCCGGUACAAAGUCUGUGCGUGGGUCAAACUGGUCCAUGUUAUUAGCUGAAGCCGCGACAUUGGGAGAUGAAGAGGAAGAUAUACUAGUCAGAGGUCUCAUUACCUUACUCGCUUGCAUUUGUAUCAUCUACAACCCUGGUGACGUAGUCGGAUUUGACAGGGCAACAUUGAAGAACACACUGGAGAGACGAAUUGGUUUGGACACGAUCGUUGAGUAUCUGAGCCAAGUCUCUAAGGCAGAAUCAUUCACAAUGGCUUCAAAGCAUCCCGAAUUGAAAUGUCACUGCAACUCUGAUUUGGUCUUCGAUUACAGUUUUACUCUUCUCUUCAAACGUCUUGAGUACGAGGCCAUCCAUCUGUUCCAACCCCUCGAAUUCGGUCCUACUUCUAGAGAACCCGACACCUACCGGACCUCUUCCAGAGUGACCGAAUCCCAGAUUGCCGCGUACGAGGAAAAGCUGGCCAUCAAGGAUGCAGAACUAAAUAGUUUGCGAAAUCGUUUGGCGCUUUUGGAAACUGAGAUGUCAGCCGUGCAGAACAGAAGCCAUCUUGUCCCUAAUCAUUCUACAUCCCAACCACAACCACCGGUAUUUUAUAUUUUACUGGUAACCUUAUGCUUUGUUAUCGUGUUUUCAUCUUUCACAGCUCCCGGAUCAGAACAUUCUUUCAGCCCAUUCACUUCUCAGUCCAAACCCAACGAGGUGGACGAAAAGGUCAAGUUACUCGAGGAGAAGCUCAACCAGAGUGUACGGGAAAAAGAGGAACUGAAGUCAAUGCACGACGAUCUGCUCCUGCUUCUCCACGAUCAGGAUGUCAAGUUGACGCGGCUAAAACGGAUGGUCCGUAAUUUGGGUGGCAGCCUGGAGGACAUCUCUGACGAUGAGCACUCUGCGGAAGCGACCACCCAGGUCGCACAAAUACCUUACACAGGUUGCGAUCAUCCGUCCGUCCAGACAACAUCUGCUGCAAACUUCGGUCCCGCUUCCUUCAAUAUCCCACGUACAACCAUGCAAUUGACACAUCCCUCGAGUAGCACACCAACACCAGCCACUCAUCUAGCGCCCUCCAAACAGGGUCAACAAACCUCUCACUUCAUACCCAACACUGCGUUUCCUCAGCAAACCUACUACUCGGCGAACGAAAUCUGUGAACGACCCCAAGAGGAGUUUUCCAUUAAGAAAGAUGACCCAUGUCUGUGUGAUCGCCGCAACCUUGUUCAUAACAUGAGUCGCGAUCGACGGCGGCGACUCAUCGUGUUCUUCACCAUUUGUGUGGUUCUCAUUGGUGAACUAAUCCUUCCUCUUCUGAAUACCCUGGAACUGCCAAUCAAUCGGGCAGAGAAUGGUGAAAUUCGAGUGCUACUGGUUUCGGAUCCACAUGUGAAGGUGUAUGAAACGCGCUGGGAUAUUAUGGCUUUGGCCUCAGCUUAUGACAGUGAUUGUUAUCUACAGCGAUAUUUCAACAAAGUGGUAAAACUGUUCAGUCCAGAUGCAGUCAUCAUCUCUGGGGAUUUGUUGGAUGGUGGAAGUACCGCUUCGUCUACCGCGUUUACUAAUGCCGCUGAAAGAGUUAAAAAUAUAUUUCUGUCCCACGAUGACAUUCCUUAUCUUCUUGUCCCCGGAGACAAUGAUGUUGGCGGGGCAUGGGAUGAUCCAUGGUCCGAAGAAAAGUCCGAAUUAUUCCAUGAAACGUUUCAGCAAUUUACCAGACCGAAGCAUAUUGGAUUCGUUGGUCUGUAUGGGGUAUGGUCCUUUCCUGUUCUUUUUUACCUGUGGAAAACCGUGUCAUCCAAGGACAACCUCACCAUAUAUGUUGCGCACAACCCCGUGAUCACACCAUAUGGAGCUACUUUGUCCAAAGAAUUGGUGAAGCUGAAACCGGCGCUUUUGAUCAGUGGUCAUGAUCACGUGGCCUAUGCUCUCCACUGGGAAAAACGUACAAAUACAUCAGAGAGAAUCUUUUGGCUGGUGCCUCCCGAUGCAUCAGGCCAACCCACCAAGCCAUUUCAGUUUGACCUGAACAUGAGUUUUCUAACGUCAUCGGCCCAGGGCAACGUCGUUCAGCUUGGUGUACCCUCGUGCACAUAUCGUUCAGGUCAGGCACAUCUGGCUGCUUAUGGUGCUUUACAAAUUUGGCGCAAUCGGACGAUUCGAUAUCACGUGGUCUCCCUACCGAAUCGCCAGAACAUUUUGAUUUUCUAUCUGGUAGCGUUUUGUUGCAUCGUUUUCAUUGGCCUAUUUUCACUCUCAUUGAGAAUGUUUUGUGCUCAGAUAUUUUUGUACGUAACUUUGUUUCUAUGCGCUUACUUUAUUGUCACGCUACUGGCUUAGCAACUGCCCCACCGUAUUGCAACAUACAAUGAGGUGCCCGUCAUAUAAUACGAAUCCUUUUUUCUGUGUACAAUCUCACGUUACCACCUUUAAAGUUGCAUUACAAAUCUGUACCACUAAGAUUUGAGAGUGCCUUCUGUAAGCGUCGAGCUGGAUUUUCGUCGUUACCUUUAGAUUUUACCUGUAGAAAGUCUUGAGCUAUCAGAACGCAUAGAUGCAUAAAAUGUGGUCCUCCUG